AUGGAGGAAGAGAAAAGCAUUAGAGGGAAUGGAGAGAAAGAAAAGGAGAAGAACAAUGGGAAGCAACGAGGAGGCAUCCGAACAUUACCUUUCAUCCUUGCAAAUGAAGUGUGUGAUAGAUUUGCGAGUUCUGGUUUUCACGCAAACAUGAUAAGCUACCUUACACAACAACUCAACAUGCCAUUGGUUUCAGCUUCAAACACUCUGAGCAACUUUAAUGGAGUUUCUAGUUUGACUCCUCUUCUUGGUGCUUUCAUUGCUGAUUCUUUUGCAGGCAGAUUUUGGACCAUUGUUGUUGCAACUCUCAUCUAUGAAUUGGGACUUAUUACUAUAACAAUAUCAGCUAUAAUGCCCCAAUUUCACCCUCCACAAUGUCCAACACAAACAAAUUGUGAAGAAGCCAAAUCCUCACAACUAUGGAUACUCUAUCUAUCACUCUUUCUUGCAUCCCUUGGAUCAGGUGGCAUUAGAUCAUGUGUUGUACCCUUUUCAGGAGAUCAAUUUGACAUGACUAAAAAAGGUGUUGAAUCAAGAAAAUGGAACCUCUUCAAUUGGUACUUUUUUUGCAUGGGAUUUGCUACAUUAAGUGCUUUAACCAUUGUGGUUUAUAUUCAAGAUCACAUGGGUUGGGGUUGGGGCCUUGGCAUUCCCACCAUUGCAAUGUUUAUAUCUAUCAUUGUCUUUGUUUUGGGCACAUCACUCUAUAAGACUGUGAAACCAAACGGAAGCCCGUUUGUUCGAGUCGCGCAAGUGAUUGUGGCCGCGUUUAAAAAGAGGAACGAGGUAUUGCCAAAUGAUCCUGAGCUUUUAUACCAAAAUAUCGAGCUUGACUCUCCUAUAGCGUUGGAAGGAAGACUUUCACACUCGAAUCAAUUCAAAUGGUUAGACAAAGCUGCAAUUGUAACAAAGGAAGAAGCGAACAAUCCGAAUGCAGUACCGAUUUUAUGGAAUAUAGUGACUGUCCAUAGAGUUGAAGAGUUAAAAUGUAUGAUUAGAAUGCUUCCAAUUUGGGCAUCAGGAAUUUUACUCAUAACUGCAGCAUCACAUCAAAGUAGCUUUGUAAUCCAACAAGCUCGCAUGAUGAAUCGUCAUCUCUCGCAUUCAUUCCAGCUUUCGCCGGCUAAUAUGGCAAUCUUCAGUGUACUAACUAUGAUGAUAGGUGUUGUUCUCUACGAACGCCUUUUCGUUCCAUAUGCUCGUAGAUUCACAAAGAAUCCUACUGGCCUUACAUGUUUGCAAAGGAUGGGAAUAGGCUAUGUGAUUAACAUUACAGGCACUAUAGUUGCAGCACUAGUGGAAAUUAAGAGAAAAAAAGUUGCUUCCGAAUAUCAUUUAUUGGAUAAUCCGAAAGCGAUUAUUCCAAUAAGUGUGUUUUGGUUGGUACCUCAGUAUAUUUUGCAUGGCGCGGCUGAAGUUUUUAUGUCUGUUGGACAUUUAGAGUUUCUAUACGAUCAAUCGCCGGAAAGUAUGAGGACGAGUGCUACGGCUUUGUACUGCAUAGCGACCGCUAUUGGAAGCUUUAUUGGUACAUUGAUGGUAACAUUAGUGCAUAAGUAUACUGGUAAAGAAAGGAAUUGGUUACCUGAUAGAAACCUGAAUAGAGGUAGAUUGGAGUACUAUUACCUUCUUGUUAGUGGGAUUCAAGUUAUAAACUUCAUAUAUUUUGUAGUAUGUGCUUGGUUUUACACUUACAAGCCUGUGGAGGAAAUUAGUGAAAUAAACAAGCAAGGAGAUUUGGAACAGGUGAAUGGAGAAGUCUCAUUGGUUAGUUUAAAAGAGGGUAAGGAGGAUGAAAAAAGAGAAUUUGCAAAGGAUGAAUGA